GUAUGAUGAAUUUUUUGGGUUUGUAAAGCUGCUGCUUUGUGGCAAAGUGAUUUCAAGUUUAUCCAUUGAGUUUCACUAGGAGAUAGUGUUGUGAUCAUAAAUCAAACAGAGAAGAAAAAUUUAAAGAAGAGAAUCUCUUGUUAGUUGUUACAUUAUGUAUUAUAUUCAAAAGUUGUUGUUGAAAUGACUACUCCGACAACUCAGUUCGCGCCAUCAAGCAGGUUGGGGUUGUACGAACCGAUGCACCAAAUGAGUAUGUGGGAAGAAGACACAUUUGAUGGCAACAUCAGCCCCGACGUUUGCAUCAUCAACGACAAGAUUGACUACACUUCAGACAAAUCAGCUGAGGAUUCCCGACCUUCAAGAGCCAUCUCCGACAAGACACAGCGGCGCUUGGCUCAAAACCGCGAAGCUGCAAGGAAGAGCCGUCAAAGAAAGAAGGUUUACGUUCAACAGUUGGAAACGAGCAGAUUGAAGCUAGCUCAACUCGAGCUCGAGCUCGAGAGAGCUAGACAGCAGGGGAUGAUUAUCGCGGGUGCAACGGCGCAUAUGGGCUUGUGUGGGAGCGUGAGCUCGGGAAUUGCCAUUUUCGAGGUGGAGUAUAGCCACUGGCUGGACCAGCAGGAGAGGAAGAUCGCGGAGCUAAAAAACGUGCUUCGAACGCCCUUAGGCGAUCCGGAGCUAAGUGUAAUGGUUGAGAGCGUUCUCAGCCAUUACUGCAGCCUCUUCCGCAUGAAGAGGGAUGCCGCGAGGGCCGAUGCCUUCUACUUGGUCUCAGGCAUGUGGAAAACCUCAGUCGAGAGGUUCUUCCUGUGGAUCGGGGGCUUCAAGCCCUCGGAACUCAUCAACGUGGUUAUGCCGCAGCUGCAGCCUCUCACCGAGGAGCAAACAGCGAACAUUAAUAACUUGAAGCACUCAUGUAUGCAGGCCGAGGACGCUCUGUCGCAAGGGAUGGAGAAGCUCCAACAGACCCUCGCGCAGAGCGUCACCAUACCAGGCCCGGGAAUAGGAAACUACUGCUCCCAGACCGCCUUUGCCCUCGAGAACUUGGAGGCACUAGAGGGUUUCAUAAACCAGGCUGAUCAUUUGCGACAGCAAACUCUGAAACAUAUGGCGCGUAUAUUGACUACACGACAAGCAGCUAAUGGAUUGGUUGCAUUUGGGGAGUAUUUUCAGCGUUUGCGGACGCUUAGCUCACUCUGGUCCGCCCGUAGCCCAGGCGAACCAGCAUGAUGUCGGGGUCGAUGAAGCAGCAUUAGAUACAAGUUCAGCCACAGAUAUAUAAAUAUAUUCUAGAAUUUCUGUAAAUGAGAUAAAUCUACUAGUUUUUUGCUUAGAUGGGUAUCGAUUUAUUGUGCUGCUUCUAGUUAUGUGGCUGUGUACAUAUUGGUUAAAGAAUUGCUUAUAUAUGACUGUGGCAUUGAUAUUUA